AGUUAUCUGUCGUGUGCUCAGCCCCCUCCAGUGCGAUUAGCUCCGUGGGACGUCCUGCACCAAAAAAUUAUUUUCAGGGCUAAAAUCCCAGCUGUUCCUUUAAGAGCAAGUGAUCUCACAAUGGUGUGGGAACAUUCUAAGGUUUCCUGUGGGCCUUUCCGAGCCCUGGGACAGGUGACUCUUGCCCUGCUGAGGCUGUCUGCUACAACUGACUCCACCAAGGCCAAGGAGGAUGACAAUGACAGAGGAUAACGAGUGGAUGAAGACAAUUCAGAACGAAAAUGCAUACCUGAAAAAUCAGGUUAGGUUGCUCCGGGAGAACUAUGAAUUACGUUCGUUACUGAGUCAGCACUAUGAAAACAGCAAUGAAGGGCGAAUUGUCACUUCCCACCCUGCUCCCGUGUAUCCGAAUGCCAGCUCCCCAGGACAAGGAGCCCCGCCUCACGGAAGGGAUAUCAAGCCACCGGAGAGCCCAAGUCACCUACACCCUUCGCUGCUGCAGGAGUUCAGUUAUUCCCCUCUCCACAUUGCAAAUGAGGAAGCAACUCUGUCCAGCCCCAAAGCCCAGGCAGAGGCUACAUUUAAGGGGAUUCCCAAUAAUCCCACUUUGUUUCAGCCUACACCCAGGGAGAGGAAACCAAUCCUGCUUUCCAGCACUUCCUGGACCACCAGGGUGGAGAAACAGCUUCCAGAAUCCAUAGACCUCUCGAGGUUGAAGAAAGUCUGCUUCACCGACGUCACUUCACCUGGAGGAGAUAAGGCUCGUUUAUAUGGGAUGGCUCACCAGCAGCACGGAAGUGUCCUCAAUGCACCAGACCUUCUGAGUCAGCCCCAGCCAUCGUCCCUGGGAGAAUUUGUUUCCUCAAAUCCCCUCAACAUUUCAAACAAGGAAGGGGCCCAAGCACAGCUUGUGUUUCCAGGAUACUUCAAAACAUCUGAGCCAUUUUCCCCAGGAAUUCCCCCAAGGAAGCCAGUCCCCCUUAUAAACAGCGCACGGGACAUAGUGGGCGAGAAAAUGUCCCUGGACUCGGAAGAGAUGCAUAGGAAAAAGAGAGUCUGGUUCUCAGAGAGUCCAGGAGGAGAUGAGCCGCGGAAGCCCCAUACCUAUUAUUUAAACGAGCUUGAGCUGAACAGCAAGAAAAAUGGCCGCAUAGUGGGUGAAAUUGCCUUCCAGCUAGACAGGCGCAUCCUUGCAUAUGUGUUUCCUGGAGUAACGAGACUUUACGGCUACACAGUGUCCAACAUUCCUGAGAAAAUCAAACAGGCCUCCAUGAAGUGCCUGGAUGGCUCUGUGGAUGAGAAAAAGCACCGAGGUAUGAUGCAGCGGUACCUGUCCCUCGCCGCACGCCUCGAGAAGAUGGGCUACAACCGGGAUGUGCACCCGGUGUUCAGCGAGUUCCUGAUCAACACCUACGGCAUCCUGAAACAGCGGCCAGACCUGCACUCCAGCCCUCUCCACAGCAGCCCAGCUGAUCUGCGCAAGAUCGUGAUAGACAUCGUCCCAUCCAAGUUCCUCGGCGACACUUUGCUGCUGCUGAACUGUUUGUGUGAACUCUCCAAGGAAGACAGUAAACCUCUCUUUGCUUGGUAG